AUGAAAUUCUUCUUCAAAAGAGACAAGAGCCGUAGCAAAAAAGGUGAGACCGCUGUGGAGAAUGGAAAGGCGAAUGACAAAGUCAAAGGCGAUGUAGUAGCAACCCCAGGGGAGGCGCCUCCUCCUGUUCCAAGCAAUGGAGUAAACACUGAGCCACUGGAGGAGGUCGCGCAUCUGCCGUUUAGUGACAUUAUUGCUAUUAGCUGCGAGUUCCGUCAAGCACUGCGAGCAUAUACUAAUUUUACGUCUAAGAAACGUGUUGUGGCUGUACUCAAAUCGAUUACAUCGCAGAUGAUGCAACGUAAUUUCGCAUUGAAAAGUGUGGAUCAAGAAGCCGCCAAGGUGGGAAUAGUGAAACGAAUAAUGAAGGAGCCGUUGCCAGUGCGCGCGCGUUUGGCACUCGCGGUGCAGCACUUCUGUUUAGUCGUUGAACAAGAAAUGGAGAACGACGAGCUGGAGCAAGGGACGGGGCUGUUGGCAGCUCUCCGUGGUGCGAACGGGUUUCCGCCAUCACUGCUGCCAAGUGGGUCUGAGAAAAAAAAAGAUGUGGUGAGCAAGAUCUCACUUGUUGCAGACUUUGAUGUCGCACGCAUAUAUCACCAAUUGAUGACAACCGACAAGUUGCCAUCGCUGGAGGAGAUGGCGGAGCUGUUGCGCCGCACCACCUGCAUGCUAAGAGAGGAGGCCAACGUUGUGAUGGUGCAUCUGCCAUGUGUUGUGGUCGGUGACAUACAUGGGCAGAAGCGUGACCUUGUUGAAAGUGUCAUUGCGGCCGGUGGUCCCCUAGGCGUGGAUGACGGCAGCGAGAACUCUGCAGGCGAUACAGCAGCAAGGGCUGGCCAGCGAGACUACCUAUUUCUGGGUGACUAUGUAGAUCGUGGGCCACAGAGCUUCCACUGUCUGGCAUUACUCUUCGCCGCUAAGCUGUUGUCACCGAAGCACGUUUUUCUGCUGCGGGGCAACCACGAGAGUAGUGAGACUAACCGCAGAUACGGCUUCUUGAAUGAGUGCUAUGAGCACUUUCCACUUUCUGUCGAUGCCGAUGAUGGUGGCGGAAGUGAUUGUGGCAGUGCCAACGAUUCAGGUGAAGUUGAGUGGGACUUAAAGGAGCAUCCGCUGUGGGUCUUGGCAAAUGAAGCCUUUGACAGCUUGCCGUUGUGUGCAGUCAUCAAUGGUGAACGUGAUGGGAAGAAAAUAAGAGUCUGUGCCAUGCACGGUGGGCUGUCGCCAUUCAUAUCGGAUAGUUUGGAUGGAAUAUUAGCCAUUGACCGCUACCGAAGUGUUGAAAACGGUCCACUCGCCGAUAUCACAUGGGCAGAUCCGAUCGUGGGAGCGACUUCCGACGAGAAUUCACCGGAACUUGAGGAGGAAGGUGGUGGCGGUGUCAGCAGUAGCAGCGGUAACAGCAACGUAACUGCUGCCACCGCAGAAGCAGCAGCAUCUGAAUCUGCAGCUGCUUCGGAUGCGGUAGCAGCAAAUGAUAGACACCACUUGAUGCGUCACUGUGUAUCCUUUGACUAUUGUGAGCCAUUACCCGCGGCAUCUGCAGCUGUCGGGUAUGUCUACAGCGCGCGCGGUCGGGGACAUAACUUUGGGGAAGAUGUGACGCUGCGGUUUUUGCGUGACAAUGACCUUAGCUUUAUAGUUCGUGCACAUCAAUGCGUGGAUAAGGGAUUCCAGUGGAGUCACCAGCGGCGUGUGCUGACUGUCUUCUCCGCGCCGAAUUACUGCGGUCUUGGCAACAAAGGGGCCAUUCUCAUCCUGCACGACAACGGGGAACCGGAGAUUGUGCAGUUUGAGGCAUGUGAGAGCAACGCAGCCGCAAACGCUGCGCCGUUGCCUGUUCCUCCGAAGGACUUUUAG